AUGGUUGUCAAUGUUGCCCGGGAAAAAGCAGCGUCACAAACAAGUACAGCCUAUGAUGGUCUUGCGAGCCGCGCUGUUGACGGGAACACCGAUGGCAGUUGGUAUGUGGGGUCCUGUACCUGUACCAUAGAAGAGCCUAAUCCCACCUGGUGGGUGGAUCUGGGCCAUUCGUAUCAGAUAGACAGUGUGGUCAUCGUCAACCGCCAAGACUGUUGUUGGGAACGACUCAACCCCUUCAACAUCCACAUCGGGGAUUCCGCCCAGGUCAGCAUGAACCCUAAAUGCGGUGGUGAUCAUCAAAUCGACGUGAACCGGCCGUUUAUAUCAGUGCCGUGUCAGGCGAUGAGAGGACGGUACGUGGGCGUUCGCCUUCCUGGCCAAUCCCGAGUGCUGACGCUGUGCGAGGUCCAAGUCUAUGCAACUUCCGGUGUCAGCUGCUCCCAGUGGUACGUCCCGUGCGGAGACGGAUUUAGAUGCAUCCUGUCAUGGCGGCGUUGUGACGGACAUCCGGACUGCUCAGACGGUAGUGACGAGCGAGAUUGUGUGUGCCUGUCUAUUCCCGAUGGUUUUCACCUCAACAACAGACUGACAAUGUUACCGAACCAACUGGGACAGGAGACGUUUGAGGCGAUGUUGAAUUCGUCUGUCCAGGAACUGCUCAACACUUCUAACGGCAUGGUAGAGAACUACCAUCCGGAAUUAAGAGACUUCGUAACUUCAGUCAUUUUCCCACAAUGCAAUGUCCAAGAAAGCAUAACGCCUUGCCCUCCGUCUCCAGAUGAAGACAACGCCACAUUAUGCACGGGUUCACAACUGGUGCCAUGCCGCUCAUGGUGUGAGGAAGUGCUCAACAUGGCUGAUGACUGGAUAAAGGACCUGUUUCCCUCAUGUCACUUGUUUCCGCCAACAGAGCACGGCUGUUGGAACCCUAUACCAGCAAAGAAGGAAGGCGAAGUUUGCUACAAUGGCAAUGGAGAAAACUAUCGCGGAAGUAAGAGUAAAACUGCAUCCGGCACAGAUUGUAUGGUGUGGUCAACUGGCAUGUACAACACCGCCGAGUACUCCUGGGCUAACCUGGACAACAAUUACUGCCGCAACCCUGCCGGUCUGGAUCGGCCAUUCUGCUUAACUCAAGACGGCAGCCAGGAGGAAUGUGACGUUAUUCCAUGCAGUAAAGGUCCUCCAUUACACGGCAGCAGAAGUCCAAAGAAGAGGUUCUAUCAAGUGGGUGAAAGAGUCACGUAUACGUGUAACGAGGGUUACACCCUGGCGUCAGGAUUCACCAGGGAUGUAAGGUGCACGGAAGACGGCAAUUGGCUCUAUGACAAGCCCAGUUGUUCAGUUGAUCAUAGACGAAGGCUGCAAGUAGAGGUGCUAGAGUUCUAUGGUGCAGGUUUAGCUCCCGAGAAUAUCACCAUCAUCUUUAACGGAUCUGUAGAGCAGAUUAUUGACUUGGAAGAAAAGAAGGAGCUGCUAAUGGCAUCUGUUGUCAUUGAUUUCAAAUGGCAGGACAGUCGGCUGAAAUGGGACCCAAAAUACUAUGGUGACAUCAAGACGCACAGCGUUCUGGGAAGUAGCAUUUGGACACCGUCAUUCACUGUGAAACGAAAUGCCGAUCCCACCUAUCGAGGCCUACAGCAAGACGUACCUGUUCGAGUCAGCAGUGAUGGGCUGGUAGUCUGGAGUGUAGAAACCCUGACCACCACCGUGUGUGAUGCAGACCCCUUCUUCUUUCCUGCGGACACCAUGGAAUGUCACAUCUGUUUUUCUGCACACACUGCUAUCAAGCAAACUAUUCAAUGCCAAGGCCAAGAGGACGGGUCUGAUGAGUGCCACACGUUUUCUGCUGUGAAAAUCGAAGGCGAAUGGUACCGGAAGGACAAGAUGUUUGCUAAAGACGACAGGGAAGCGUGCUUCGUUCUUCACCUAGAGAGGGCCCCCCUGUUCCACAUCGCCACUACUGUUGGACCCUGCAUCAUCCUGGUGGCACUGAUGGUCAUCACCUUCAUCAUGCCCUUUGACAGGGGCGACCGGAUCUCGUAUGGAGUGACCAUUCUACUGUCCAUGGUCGUGUCCCUCGUAUUUGUGACAGACGUACUUCCUGUUAAGGGGGUACUGCCAUUUUUUGCUACGGUGAUCAUCGUCUGCAUGGGCCUGAUGGGAUUGUUCCUGUUCUUCACUCUGAUCAUCAUCGUCAUCCAUGACCGGGAGGGCAGCCUGUCUCCGGCGGCGAAGAUUAUUUUCCUCCGCUACAUGUCAAAAAUGCUGCUGUUGGGUGAUCUGACAGCAAAUCAGGAAGCAAACGAUGAAGAGCCCGGCGUGACCAACCAAACCGCCAUAGAGGUGACCAACUGCGCCUAUGAAGCCGAUAUCGUGUCGACGGCCGACGAAGAAGUCAUAUAUUUCGGCGGUGACAAUGAGAGGAACGAGCAGCCAUCGACUCCUACUGAGGAUGUCUCCGGAUCAUCUGGCCUUUCAGAGCUGAUCACGGCGGUCAGGGAAGUUGGGGCUCUGACCAAUGCCGUGGUCAGGGAAGUUGGAGAUCAGGCCAAUGCCGUGGUCAGGGAAGUUGGAGAUCAGGCCAAUGCCGAGAUCAGAGAGCUGACCAAGGCCGUGAAGAACGAAGAGAAAGUGUCUGACUACACGCUGCUGGCUAAGGUCCUGGACAGGCUGUGUCUUGUCAUGUACGUCAUCAGCAUCGCGGCAACCGUCCCUAUGACCAUGUACUUGGGCAGGUAA